AUGAUAUGGCGAUGCAGUGCUGGUGCUGAAUUGUUCUCUCUGAUGGCUCUAUGGGAGUGGAUAGCACUGAGUCUUCAUUGCUGGGUUUUAGCAGUUGCUGCUGUUUCGGAUCAGCAUGCCACAAGCCCCUUCGACUGGCUCCUCUCUGAUAAGGGACCCUUCCAUCGCUCACAGGAAUACACAGAUUUUGUGGACAGAAGUCGACAGGGAUUUAGCACAAGAUACAAGAUUUACAGAGAGUUUGGCCGCUGGAAAGUAAACAAUCUUGCUGUUGAAAGAAGAAAUUUCCUUGGCUCCCCAUUGCCACUUGCCCCUGAAUUCUUCCGUAACAUAAGGCUACUUGGACGCCGACCAACACUUCAACAGAUCACAGAUAACCUUAUCAAGAAAUAUGGGACACAUUUCCUACUAUCAGCUACCUUGGGAGGUGAGGAGUCACUUACAAUUUUUGUGGACAAACGGAAGCUGAGCAAGAGGUCAGAAGGAAGUGAUCCCAGCACGAACAGCUCUGUGGUGACCCUGGAGACCCUGCACCAGCUCGCAGCCUCCUACUUCAUUGACAGGGACAGCACACUGCGCAGACUCCACCACAUACAGAUUGCCUCCACUGCCAUAAAGGUAACAGAAACGCGGACUGGUCCUCUUGGCUGCAGUAACUAUGACAACCUAGAUUCUGUCAGCUCUGUUCUGGUUCAGAGUCCUGAGAAUAAGAUUCAGUUGCAAGGUCUUCAGGUCAUCCUGCCUGAGUAUCUGCAAGAACAUUUUGUCCAAGCAGCUCUGAGUUAUAUUGCCUGUAAUUCAGAGGGGGAGUUCAUCUGCAAGGACAAUGACUGCUGGUGUCAGUGUGGUCCCAAAUUCCCAGAGUGCAACUGUCCCUACAUGGACAUUCAAGCCAUGGAAGAAAAUCUCCUCCGCAUAAGUGAGACUUGGAAUGCAUAUAACAGUGAAUUUGAAGAAUCUG